GUUUGGACACGCGAGAGGAGAUCCCAUGAGCAUGGAAAUGUCGAUAAAGCAGAAGGGACAAGGCCCCCCCACCGAACAGCACCACUCCAGCAACCUCAAGAAGCGAACACACUCGGAGGCCUGCGGGGAGGACCAGGGUGGUGAGCCUGGUGGUGCCGUCAGUCAUGCCCGGCUGGCUGAGCAGCCCUCUGACGCCAAUAUUGAGGCGAAGAUACGUGUCUUGGUGCGAAACACCUCCCUUGAGCAGCUUUCCAUCAAGAGAAUACGGUGAAUGCCGUGGGGGUGGUGGGGAUGGACACUCUAUCUAGAGUCUCAGCGACGUGGGCCCUUUUCCUGUGGUAUCUCUCUCUCUCUCUCUCUCUCUCUCUGUGUGUGUGUGUGUGUGUGUGUGUGUCAGUGACCAGCUGACCGAGUAUUUCGGCACUGACAUGAGCGACAAGAAGGAGCUGAUUCGCUCGACGGUGGACAGGGUGCUGGAGGAGAUGGCCGACGAGCCUCCCGACCAGGACCAGCAGCCGGCUGCGGACGAGGCAGGGGAGGACAUCAAUCAAGACGACGAAAAUGAAGUUGAAGAAGACGACUCUGGAGACGAGGAGGGGGAUGAUGAAGGUAAGGAAAUGGACUCUCUCUCUCUCUGUGUGUGUGUGUGUGUUUACUCUCUGUCUGUGCGUGUGUGUGUGUGUGUUGGGUGCAGACGAGGAGGAAGAGGAUGACGAAGGUGACAAUGAGGAUGACAAUGAGGACGAGGAAGCGGCGCGGCCCACAGCAGCCGUGACGCACGCAAGCACCACGGACGGGGAGCAGUAGUGCAGCAUGCGCUGAUCACCUUCCUAUGCCCGCACACACACACACAAACUGGACUCUCUCCCCAUCCCCCCGUUUGCUUCUCGCGUUCCCAUCUGUCUGUCUGCUGGUUGUCACUGGACUGACUGACUGGCUGGCUGAUCGAUUUUCCACUGUGCUGAUGUGGCUGUAUGCUGUGUCUGUCUGCCUGACUGAAUGAGGGACGUAAGACAUCCAUAUGACCGCACGCACAGGGACUCAAG